AUGGGACACUGGGGUGUCAUCUUGACCAAGCAGCUGGCACACCAACAUAUCUACUGGUGGGAGAUGGACGCCGAGAUCGCGGGCAUGGUGGCUUCCUGUCCGUCGUGCCAACAGCAGCAAGCAGUGAAACUGCGUCGCCUCGUCGCGUGGCCAGAUGCUCUUUCUCCACGGUCCUGGUUACACCUUGAUUUUGUAGGUCCCUUCCUUGGAUUUUCCUGGCUUAUCCUAGUCGUCGCUGGUAGCAGGUUCCCUUAUGUCAUGACCUCCACGACGUCCGCCCAGACCAUCCAAGCACUUUCCUGUAUUUUUGCAAUUGAGGGACUUCCGGAGACGCUGGUGACUGACAACGGCCCUCAGUUUACCUCGGCCAAAUUCAAGGCUUUUUGCACCACCUUGGGCAUCCGCUUGAUUAACACCGCUCCUUUCCACGCAGCAUUCAACAGAUUGGCUGAAUGGUUCGUUCGCACCUUUUGUUUUGGUUAA